UUGAACAGUCCAGCCGCGGUCACACUGCAGUACACAGAAAAUUUACAGAAAUUAAAGAAAAAAUUAGGGAAUUCAACGCACAAAACGCGAUUUAAAGUGCCCGAAACGCAAGGCGCUAUCACAAGGCGUCCCCGAGGACCAAAAGGGCACUGAAAACGAGUCCGGAACGACGAGAAUAACACGGACAACGGCCGCCGCGAAAGCAACAGCCCUCCGCCGUCGCCGCCGCCCAAAAAGAACCGACAACUGCCAGCAGACCAGCCAUCAGCACCCCCUGCAGCACCACCCCGCCGCCACCGCCGUCACCGCACAAUCUUCAAUCUCGCACAAAGCACUCCACUCCUACCACAGAGUCCACUCCAGUCCGGGGCAACAACUAAGAACUAGACACACACCAUGCAGGCGAUCAAGUGCGUCGUGGUGGGCGAUGGAGCCGUGGGAAAGACGUGCCUGCUGAUCAGCUAUACGACCAAUGCCUUUCCCGGGGAAUAUAUCCCCACUGUUUUUGACAACUACUCCGCCAACGUGAUGGUGGACGCGAAGCCUAUUAAUCUGGGACUAUGGGAUACCGCUGGACAGGAGGACUAUGACCGCCUCCGACCACUGUCGUAUCCGCAGACCGAUGUCUUCCUCAUCUGCUUUUCGCUGGUGAAUCCGGCCUCGUUCGAGAACGUGCGGGCCAAAUGGUAUCCGGAGGUGCGUCACCACUGCCCCAGCACGCCCAUCAUCCUUGUGGGCACCAAGCUGGAUUUGCGCGACGACAAGAACACGAUCGAGAAGCUGCGCGACAAGAAGCUGGCGCCGAUCACUUACCCGCAGGGUCUGGCCAUGGCCAAGGAGAUCGGUGCGGUCAAGUAUCUGGAGUGCUCGGCGUUGACGCAAAAGGGCCUGAAGACGGUGUUUGAUGAGGCCAUUCGGUCGGUCUUGUGCCCGGUCCUACAGCCCAAGUCCAAGCGCAAGUGCGCCCUGCUCUAAAAGAGAUAGAGCGAUCGAUAGAAAGAGAGAGAAGGAAAGAGAUCCUCCCGCUGGAUUCUAUUUAAACGUAAUAUUAUUAACGAUAAACAAUUAUGUAACCUAAGCGUUGGCCAGAUAGUCUGCGAUCUGGCUAAACCGUAGUUUCUUUGUUACACUUCUUUGCCACUAAUUUGUGAGAUGGAUCCCUGCUGGGAUCCCCCGCCAACCCAUUCAUCCUCUUGCUUUUGUUUCCGUUUCCCGUUCCAAAUUCGUUCUGUGUGUGUUCUAUAAUUCAUAAUCCAUAAUUCUGUUUCCCUGUGUGCAUUAAUUUGAACUAAAAGUUGUCGCGAGAUGUUUCUAGAUAAAAGAAAAUCAUGGAGAACCCAAUGGGAGAUCCGUAAACUGUAAACUCUAA